AUGUUCCACCUCUUCUCCCACUGCUGGUCGUGGCUGCAGGCCAUACAGGAGCCCAUCAGAAAGGUGACCCUCCUUGUCGUGGGGCUGGACAAUGCAGGGAAAACCUCUGUCAUCACGGACAUAGAGAAAGCGCUGUCUGGGAAGGUGCUGCCCGACGCACAGCCCGGCCAGACCCGCCUGCAGGUGGAGAGGUUCGAGGUGACGCUGGUGGAUCUGCCCGGGGGGCAGCGCUCCCGCAGUUCCUGGCGCAGCCACUACAGCGAGGCCCACGGGCUCCUCUUCGUCCUGGACUCCAGUGACCUGGAGCGGAUGGAAGAGGCCCGCAAGGUCCUGAAUCGCGUCCUGAGCCAUCCCGACAUUUCCGGGAAGCCCCUCUUACUGCUGGCCAACAAGCAAGACGUGGCGACUGCGCUGCUGCCCUGCGAGGUGAUCGAGCGGCUGUGCCUGGAGCGCCUGGUCAACGAGAACCGCUCUCCCUGUCGCAUCGUGAGUGCGGGGCUGGCCCCGCUCCCUGCUCCCGGUCAAGGAGGAGCUGCGCUCCCCGCUGGCCGGGCUGACCCCCCGUCUGCCCGCAGGAGCCCUGUGUCGCCAAGCGGGGCCCUUCCGCCGGCCCGGCCCGCGCCACCCUGCAGGGUCUGCGCUGGCUCCUCCGCGCCGCCGCCGCCCCGGCCCCGCCGCCCGCCGAACCCGCAUCGCCCGCGCCGAGGGCAGCCCGAGCCCGCCGGCCCACCCGCAGGUGCGUGA